UCCAAAGGUCUGUAUUUUUAUUGAUCAAACAAGGCGAUGAGAUAAUCUGACACUUAAAUUGAUUCUCACCGUUUAUUUUUGGCGACACUAACCACUUCCUCAAAGGCCAUGGAUGCGAGCUCAAUACCUCAGAUUGAUAUAGAGGACUAUGAUGGCCUUGAGGUUGAGGUUGUCCCAGAUGAUCACUUGAGAAACUUGAAAGCACUGACUGAGAAGCUGAGACUUGAAACCAGAAGGCCGUCCUAUCUUGAGUGGAAGGAACGAGUGGAAGCUCAGAGCUCCAAAAGCUCAGCCGUGCCAGAGAGCUCGUCAGCCCUGGAGAAAGGUGCUGGACUGAAGCCCAGUGCAACACCUCAGAGGAACAUAGAGAAUUCCCAAGCGACUGCAGGAAACGGCCUGAUUUCGAAGAGCCUCAGAGGGUUCGAUAAUAUUGACGAAGCUCUGGUUUGGCUUAGAAAAGAACUGAUGGAGAUGCGCAUCCAGGACCAGCAAUUGGCACGCCAGCUCAUGCGACUACGCGGUGACAUCAAUAAACUCAAAGUGGAGCAGACAUGUCACCUGCACCGUCGAAUGCUCAAUGACGCCACCUUUGGCCUGGAGGAGCGUGACGAGCUGUCGGAUCUUUUGUGUGAUGGACCCGUCACCCCGGGGUUUGGCCUCUCUUCACCACUGCGCCUCAUUGGUGUCACAAAGAUGAACAUCAACUCCAGACGCUUCUCUCUUUGCUAGAAAUGUUCGGAGUGACCAUACAGCAAUUAAGAGAACAAGUGACUCAAAAAGUGAAAUGAAUAAUCUUCGACAACUGUUUUGAAAGCCAUGAGAACUGUUGUCACAGAACAUCCUAUGCCUCUUGGUCUAUGUACUUGUGCCAGUGAAAUCAUUUGAAUUAAAUGAAUGAACAAUGGACAAUGACUUCUAAAAAAAGGUCUGACCUGUUAGCCAUGGCUCUAUGCCUUACAUACAAUUCUUGUUGUGGUCAUGAGAUAUCAACAACUGUUUCUUACCACACACAUGCUCUGUUCCAAAUCUUAUGUGCACCCUUUGACAUGAAAGGCUGUUACAAAACAGGAGACACUAUAAAUCUAGUGCCUCUUGUUUUAGCCCAAUUCUAAGGCAGUAUUCAUGGUAAAAGCAACUCCAUAAUUCAAUGCGAUAAACUUAGUAAAGCAAUACAAACAUGAUUGUGGAUGGGGCGUUGAUUAUGAAUAAACUAUGAAUCAACAGUGAAAAGUAUUGAUUAAUGUCAUUUAAAUGUGGUAUUUAACCCUCUACUGCACACAUUUUGAUGGUACAUGAGAAAAAUGAUUCCACAUCA